UAUACCGGACAUUCAUUUACACGUGUUUGACAUCUAUUUCACUAAACAUCGUAAGUUACGUCUGCAACUAGCAGUUAUACCGGACAUUCAUUUACACGUGUUUGACAUCUAUUUCACGCUACAAAUUACUUCAUUACGGACGAAAGAACAUAAAAUAUGCGUACUUCAAACUAUAUUUCUUGUACUAUAAUAACAAUAUGAAUUGUAAUUCUCCAACGUAAGAAAUGAAAAAAUAACAAAAUAACAAAAUAAUAAUAACAAAAAUAAAUAAAAAAUAACUGUCGAAUUUUUUUUUGGUGCGUGCGUGUGUGCGUGUGUGUGCCAUCCAGCGUUGGCAACACAUUACAGGUAGUUGGGUUCUGCGGUCAUUUGAUCAUCAUUUUAUUCGCAAGAUAAGAUAAGUCGCGACCUUCUCAAACUAUAGUGAUGGUAUAAACUGCUCCUACUUCCGAUGGCUGUAGCUAGUGGAUAUCCCCCGAUUAUAUCUGUAGGUAGCACUGUUCUCUCAUGCAUAUCGAGUGUCCGUUGUUCGAAUCCCCUCAUUGCAGGUUAAUUUGUCUACAGCAUUUACAAAAAUACGUUUUGGACUGCAUCCCAAUGCAAGUUGUAAACUACACACAACAUAUUUCAGUUUCAAUAUUGAUUUAGCAUCUUAUAGCUUAGCAUAUGAAUUAUUAAUAUAAACUAUAUACAUUUUUAAUAUACUUCGCAGGGGCAUAGGAAGGUGCAAAAAAGUAUGGGCACACACACACACACACACACACACACACACACACACACACACACACACACACACCCACACACACCAUUAUUGCUGCUACUGUCCACCCCUCCCCACGCCAGUGCUUCGGUUAUUAUUAUCCGAGAGGCCUGUUGGAACGAUAUAUAUUGCGUGCUCAGGAGGUCAAGCGAUCGCGGUCGCUCUCUAGACUGGUAUCCGCGCCUGAUGUUAGAAAAAUGUGAUGUGAUAGAAGACUAUGGUACCAGUCAAGUUGUUCGCGUUCGAACGGUCUUCUGAAUAUGCUAUUGUUGGGGCGAUAUUUCAAUCUCUAGGUGUGGGUGGGUGGCUGGGUAGAAAUCACGGAAGGGGACACAAGGCACCGCACAUUUUCGUUAUCAACUUCGUGGGGGUGGGGGUGGGAGUGGGGUGGUAUUUGCAGAACAGUUUCCGGUUUUUACGGGCCUUUCCGGUCCGGUGAUUGGAUUUCUAGAUUGCCAAACGAACAUGCCCAUUUCCGGUCUGUUACCUUGGUAAUGAACACACUAUGGCGUCCGAAGAGGGAGUCGAAGAUUUACUCAUUGAAAUUCACCGUCCUUCUCUAUUAGAAGUAAUUGAAGACAGAAACAGAACGUUAAACAAGAAAAGCCAAAUUCAUCGACUUGUUUAUAUUGCCAAACUGAGUAAUGAAAAUUUUGACAGAGCAGAAGUUGGUCAUCAUUAUGAAAAAUACAUCAAGAAGUUGCAGGAGGAUUUUCAGAGUGAACCAACCACAGGGCUGAUGCUUAUAUACAUGAAAUACAUUGUCCAUGUUGUUGAGUCAUCUUCUGAGACCCUUCUGAAGAUGAUCAAGUUUUUACAUCAGGGCGUAACCAGCGAACAUGGCUUCGAAUCUGUAGCCAAGAUUUUGAUCAUCUCACAUGACAUUCCCUAUCGGAUAUUUCAGCAGUGGGGUUUCCGCACCAUUGAUAUUGAGGCUCAUCAGAUGGAGGCAUAUGAGCCACCAGGGUCAACGGAAGAACUUGUAAUAGAUGUCCUCAGACAGCUGCUUAAAAUGGGCAGCUUUCUCGCAACACAGCCAAAGACAUCUUUGAAAAGUGCUAUGGAUUCAAUUCAUGAAAGAAUACCAGAACAUCUACCACAACAAGCUGCCGUCCACUACCUGUUAGCAGAAGAUGACCCCUGUAUGAUUUUACCAAAAGAGUUCAUUGAUAUAUACGAAAAGCCAUUCGAUGUCACUUUAGAAGGAGACCGGGUGUGGCCAAUACAAACAAAACUGUUUCCAUACAACUGACAGGAUGUUAACAAACCAACCUUUCCAGAAGUAGACUUGACAAUUUUAACAUUACAUGCAGAACAGUGGUUUAUCUCCCCAUCCAUCCAUCCAUCCCAUCCAUCCAUCUGCUUUGUAUUUUUAAAAAUAUUUUCCAUUCAUUCAUCCAUAAAAUAUUGUAUUUCAUUAAUAUACUAAAUGGGAAAAUUUAAUACAAAAAUCCCGACUUUCUUAGGAAGCCAUAAUUCUGAAUACAUUGUACAACGGCAAGGGUCAAGGUCUAUACUUUGAUGGUUUUAAAGUUUAUUUUAUGAAGGAUCGAGGUCUAAAUAUUUUGAUGGAUUUUUAAAAGGUGAUGGUUUCUGCUUUAAUAGGUUUUCAAAAUGUAUUUCUUAGAGGUCAAGGAGGUGUGUUUGUGUGUUGGAAGGGAGACAAACACUACCAAUGGACAAUUGUGAUAUGUGUAUUGGUUACAUGAUGUGAGUAGUGAUAUUGAAUGUAGUUUUAUAUUUAUUUCAAACUCAAAAUAUUUAUUAGUUUUCUGCAGUAAAUGUUAGAAAAGACAAACUAAAAUAUGUAAAAUACAGAAUUCAUGAUUAACCAUUUUUGUAUGUUUUAUAGUUAAAAAAGAUUUUUUUAUUUAUUAUAUAAGACUCUUUACCUGACAAGAACGUAACAUAUGACCAUAUGAUAACAUUGACUGUUUCUAAGUAGGAGAAACAAUGCUACCCAUACCUUGUUUAAAACUGCAUUGUUCCCUAAAUAAAAAACCAGGGCAUCUAGAAUUGUUAUGUAAUCCACUAGCCAUGGGAUCGAUCCAUGAUUUUAUUUUUUUACUAGCCACGAUUAAAAAUUCGCUCGCCCUACUUUACUUUAAGUUAAUAAAAUUUUACUAAAUAAUAGUAAUAAUCAGAUAUGUCACCUAAAGAGGGAGAUAGAGCUUAAGAACACAAACAUUGAGGGGUUGGUGUGGAGGCAGAUAUUCAUAUUUACAAAAUAGGCUUUUACUGCAACAUUUGACUUUUGGCUAACCAUCGGGUAUGGCAGUAGUAGUUAUUACUAGCCCAACAUUGAAUAUCACUAUAGCCAUGGGAGUGGGGCUACCAUAAUCUAGAAGCCCUGAAAAAACAUAACCACUACAUUUUUAAUAAAUCUGUAUUGUGUGUGGUAUACUCUCUGGAAGCUAAAAACAAGUAUGCUACUAUAUUUUAAAAGAGAGAAAGCUACUUGCAUUUUGAGAAUUAAUGGUAAAUUAAUAUAUUUAAAUUUUGACACAGUCCUCAGAGAAACAGCUACAUUUUUCCAUUAAUAGUAACAGGAUGAAGUUCAUAUAGAAAUACUAACAUAUAUGUUUGUUUUUUCUCAUCAAUCUAUCACACCUUUACAAACAGGUUA